UCCUGAUCCGUCAUCAGAUGUGGGAUCUCCCCGUGUUGCCCAGCGAGGUUUUUUUGCAAAUAGAAACGCACAGUUAAUACAAUCGCGAAGUGAUACGCGUAAUAAAGAUAAUCAGUGGCGUGAACUAUUUGAGCGGCAAAAUGAAAACAUGCAACAGUUAAUCAAAGCAAUAUCGGCAUCGAGCUCGUCAAAUAGUCAACACUUUGUGCUGCCGGAAUUCAACCCUGACAAGGCGGAAGUGGAUGCAAGAUCAUGGUGUGCGACCGCUGACCUUUGUUUAGCUGACAACCCACUAAGCGGAGGACAGCUUAUCGUGGUGAUAAGCAAGGCGCUCAAGGGUUCGGCAUCGGCAUGGCUGGCUCACAUCUCGUAUCCUGGCAUGACUUGGCCAGAGUUCAAGGAUUUGUUCAUCGCAAGGUUUGUCUGUACAGAGACAAAUGCAGGUACCCUCAUUAAUUUUUCUAAUGACAAUCCAAAUGAAAACGAAUCGUUGUCGGCUUACGCUAGUCGCCUUAUUUCCUCCUUAAUGACUCGCUGGAAAGAUGUAACUAAAGAACAGAUUGCGGUAUCGACAGUUCUUGCGCAUAUUUCGCGAUAUGAUUCGCGCUUACAACGGCUAGCAUUUACAACAGAAAUUACGUCACGACAACAGCUUCAAAAAGAAUUACAAGCUUAUUCGUUUCUUAAACGUAAAAUUGCAAAUAAUAGUGACAACAAAGCUGUUUCCGAUUAUAAACGAUUAAAGCUUACUCCUUCGACUUCUCUAAAAUGUUUUCAUUGUGGCAAGGUUGGCCACAAGCGAUCAGAUUGUCGACAGAAAGGAAAAGAUGCUAAGCAACUCCGACCAUCAGCGGCUACAGCAGCUUCGGCUUCUCCAGCGCUACAACAACCGUCACCCAAGUCAAGCUCCAUCGUGUGCUUCAAGUGUGGAAACAAGGGACAUGUUGCCAGCGGUUGUACCAGCAGGCCCCGGACCAGCAGCGACGUGCCUGCCGAGCGUCGUGUCGAAAUAUGUGAAGUUCGACCUCCAUUAGGGACACUUGAACAUAGUGGUUUUAGAACGAUAUUCAGGCUAUUUUACGACUGGAAUGCCAACUACGCGCGUGACAACCGGCGAACUCGAAAUAAGACUCAAAGAUCCUAAUCGUAC